UAUUUAUUUUACAUAGAAAUAACCCAAAAUAUUGCAGGUAAUAUUUGACUGUGUCACUUUACAAACGGCACCCCAUACAGACAUCAACUGCCUAUUUUAGAAUAAAGGCUCGGUUUCCAGUUUUUCAUUAUAUUUGAGUUGCGUGCUCCGUUGUGUUUUCCACUGGCAGUAAAUCGUCCUCUGCUUCUCAAAGAGGAGGAUUUUGUUUGUUCACAUGACCCAGGAGGAUACAGAUAGUAAGCAGAUCAGCUUGAUGCUUCAUAUUUCCGCCGUGGGUUCACGCAGACGACGACUGCAGCUCUGUCAGUAUAAUGGAGGCUUGAGGGUAAAAACAACAACAUGGACGAGGAAUCAGAGAGUUUAGCAGAAAUCUUUGACACCAAGCUGAAGGUGCAGCCCAAAGUGUCUCCAGCUGCUCCUGCCCCAAGAACAAAGUACUUCAAUGUCAUGGAUGACGAAGGUGCCUAUAAUGUCUUUGUGAAUCCACCCCCUCCUCUAAGCGGCCAGGAGCUGCCAGCAGAGGGAGGCAAAGAGACGACAGCCGACCGCUUUAGCGUGACCCUUCCCCAUGGAGAAGCUGACCCCACAGAUGCUGAGGCUAAUCCAAGCGGCUUAGACCGGCACCGUGGUGAGAAGCACUUAACGACAACACGGAAAGAGCUGGAUGAGGUAACAGCAAGUACAGUGCAGCCUUCUAAGGAGUCUAAGGAAAGCGUCACACUGCUCACUGAGAAGGAUUUUACACCAUCUCACCAAGACCCAACAGGCAUGGACGGAACAGCUCUGAAAGGAUCAGGCCAUGAUGAAACUGUGACCCACUGUCUGGAUUACAAAAGCGGAGACAUAGAAUCUGAUCCGCCAGCUAACGAUUUUGCAACGCUGAACGCUGAGGAGCCACUACAGUGCGAGAUCGAUGCUGAAAGAGAAAUGUUUCCACCAGAAACCUUGGAAAAUGAUAGAAUCCAGGUUUUUGAUUGUUCUGAGGAGAGAAGCGUCCAGCUAUCUGGAGAUCAUUUAGAUAGUGGCAUUGAGAAAACAAAUCCCUCAUCACCUACAUUUGAGGAAAACACGAUAAAAGCAGCAGCCAAUCAGCCACAGGUGUCUGAUCAGGCUGCAUCCAAUGACAGAGGAGGACAUGUUGACCGCAGAUCUUGGGAUUACAGUCAAACCGAGUCUGACUGGGUCAGAAAAGACAGCAUUACCAGUGAAAAACAACUUUCUCUUUCCAUAGAUUCGGAAGAAAUGGUAGAACAAGUAGAUGGAAGCCGAAGAAUAUCUGACAUCCAACAAGGAGAGCAACUGUUGCAGCGCUUGCAAAUGGUCCAACUGCGACACGAUGAGAACCUCGAUACCCACCAGCAGAUCCUGAAAGGAGCGAGAGGUGAGGAAGAAGGGGAAACUGAUGGCGAAGAAUGUUUAGGAAGAGGCAAUACGAGCGAUGGUGAUGGCAAACAGGACAAAACAAGGAGAAACUUGACUGAGAGCACCGGAAACGAAAAGACAGAGGAGGAUCAAACUCACAUUGAAGGGAGGACAUCUUCAUCCACAAUUCUUGGGCAGCCAGAACACCAGAAGGUCACCACAAAAGACAGCGACUCUGAAGAUGACUGCCCCUUACCUUCUGAUUUAUUUACUAACCCAGCCUGUAAAGAGCUGCCCUUUACUGGACACAGGUUUUCAGCAGUGGUGACCACAAUAGAGAAGCAAAUCCACGAGGUGGCCCAAGGGACGCAGAACCUGCAGCGAGCUGGGGGGGUUUUCAAUCUUGCAGGUGAUCCAGAUGUGCUGGAAAUUCCCUUUAAAACCGACGUUUCUCUGGAGUCCCUCCUUCACAGUGCUUGCUCUAGUCAUACUAGUCAGUGGCAGUUCUCUGAAAAAAGGAUGCAGAAGGAGAUAAAACAGGACAUUCAGAGGGAAAUAGCACUGGUCAACAUAGGAAAGAUCCCAGGGGGGUACAGCAAAGGGGAGGCUCGUCAGUUGAAGGAGACAAAACUUAUUUUUGAAGCUUUCCAGCAAGACAACACCGAAGGUCCCACAAGAAACCGGAAACCACGUGCCACGGUGGUGAAGGGGCAGGGUUACCCGUCUGUCCUCGAGCGCACGCGAAGCCUUGAGAGGUUUUCUCUGCAGAGUUGCCCCUCCAUCGCCAGGACUCAUUCCCUCAGGCUGCAAAGUCCUGCAGAGGAAAAAAGCCUUGAAAGCAUCAGGUUAAGAAGCCCAACUGGAGGACUUCAAGAUAAAACCCGGUUAUCCCCCUACCCCACACAAGACAAGCCUCUGCGCCUGCACAGAAGCAUGGACUCCAUAUGCAGUGAAUCUACCAAGAUGGCUUUGGAGGCCAGAGGCAAACCCCUGGAGGGAAAUCCAGGAUCUCUCCUCAAACACAACCCCUUCUUUAAGCUGCGCCCCGCUCUGGCUCUGCAACCUGAAGUGGAGAAAGACAUCCGGGAAGCCAAGGAGAGGGAAGAGGAGCUGAGAAGACAGAGAUGCACUUUGUAUGGAGAGGACAGGCAGAAUAGUGAGGAGGAAGGAAAGUCCCUCAGCGCAAAGUCACACAGUUCAGGUGAGAGGCAAAAGUCAUGGGGGAAACUGGAACGGGUCUGGCCCCCACCAUCUCAGAAGAAAUCUGACCAUCCACAGGAGUCAAAGGUUCACAGAGCGGGGAGUCAGAAGGCUUCUCUGUGGCAGCGCUGGGAGUCCGGCCAAAUCAACGGCCAGACAGUGAAAAGUGAAAAAAAGUGACUUGUGAAGGAAAUAAAAGUCACAAUACAGGUUCCAUGCAACAUCAGAGCAACAAUAUGAGCUGUAAUCUGUACCUUUCCUCUCUGCUUUUAUCCAGAUUAAGUUUCCUUUUUUAUCCAUUAGAGCCAUCUUUUAAAGCAACAAUAACUAUUUUGUUUACAUCCAUUCGAUGAUACAUGUCAUCUGUACCUGAGAUUUUUACAAGUCAGUGUUCACAGUAACUAACAAUCAUCAUUAGUAAUAAAUGUUCCCACACUGAGUCAAAACAGAAUUUGUGGUUCAUCCUGUCUGCAUGUUGUUCCACUUACAAAGCUGAGUUUGGUCUGUGAUGUACAUCAGAGAUACACUUCAACUGUGAGAGACAUCAUGUAAACAAAGAAUCCAGGAAAUCACAUAAUUUGAUUUUUUUUAUUUAUAUAACAGAGCAGAAAAUAAAUAUUUGGUAAAUGUUUUCUGUAGGUCUCCGCCAGGUUUGCACAGUAGCUGCUAUUUUGGUCCAUUGUUCCAUGCAGAUCUCCUCAAGAGCUGUCAAGUUUUUAGGUCAUUGCUGGAAAACAUGGACUUUCAACUCCCUUCACUUGUUCCUUUAGACUUGGGAUUCAGAGACCACUCCAAAACAUUCAAAGGUUUUUAUGUGGCCACCACUUUGUUGCCAUGACGAUGUGUUUGGCACCAGUGUCAUGCUGGAAGAGCCAGACAUUUUUCAUCCUCAAUGUUCUCACUGAUGGAAGUUUUUUGACCCAUAUCUCACCAUCCAUGGCCCCAUCCGAUCCGCCAGCUAACGAUUUUGCUGAUUGAAACAAAUCAGUCACCCUGUCCUCUUUAAAAGUAUCCCUAAACAUGAUGUUUCCACCCCCAUGCUUCAUAGUGGGUUUGGUGUUCUUCAGCAUUGUUUCCCCUCCCCAUCAUCUGAAAACAUGACCUUCCCCAACCCUCCUCUGGAUCAUCCAAAUGGUCUCAGGAGAACUUUCGAUGGCUCUAAACAUGUAUUGGCUUGCAGGGGAACCUUUGGAGCUCUGCAGGAUUUGAAUCCAUGAUGUCGUGUGUUACUAUAGUAACCGCUGUUAGGUAUAUUUUUCAUUAACUAUUUUUCUAAUAAUUGCUCCAACAGUUGAUCUCUCCUCAUCAAGCUGCUAUUUUAUAGUAGAUGGGUUCAUCCCAGUCUUGUUCCGGUCUACAAUCUUGUCCCUGGUGUCCUUUGACAGCUCUUUGGUCAUAGUGGAGAAGUGCCAAUCUGACUGUUUAAGGAUGCGGACAGUAGUCUUUUAUACAGAUAACCAGUGGUGGAAAAAGAGCUUCUCAAAGGAGAACCAAAAAGUCUGAGAGGAACAGAAUUCUUGUUUGUUUGUAAGAGAUACAUCAUUAUUUUCUGCUCCAUGAUAUAAAUAAAUUGUUUAAAAAUCAAACAACGUCAUUUCCUGGAAUCCUCUUUUUUUCUGUCUCUCACAGGUGAAGUGUUUCUAUGAUCAACAUUACAGACAAAACUCGUCUCCUAAAAACGACCAUCUUUCAGAAUAAGUGACUGUAAAAUUCUAUUUUUUAACAAAUUAAAGAACUGAUGUAACUGUGAAUUGUUAGUACAUUUUGUUCCAAAAAAAAAUUGGAUUAUUAGUUUACAUUUAAAUCUUAAAAAGUACAUGAAAAGUAUCAAACUUGGAUAUAAUUAGAUUAACCAAGUCUGAAAGUUUCUCUAAAAUCCUGGAUGUAGCUUUAAAAUUUCCUUUAAAAUAGUUUAUGACAGAAAUACUUUGAAGGCGGACCUUAACAGAGUCACCUUCCACCUGCACUGGGAGUACCAGUGAACUUCUUAUUUUAAAUAUAUGUGAAAAUACUUUUUU